UUGGGACCUGUCUCUUGCAACUAUAACAUGGAGUUCUCUUGGUGAUGCAAGGUUUAGCUGCAAAUAGAUCUGAGAUUUUAUAAUACGUGAAACAGAUACAUUGCUGGUUUUCCUAUGAAGGGACUUUGAUAUCAGAUGUCAGGGGAAAAUAGUUCCUCCAACAGGCAAUAGGUGGAAGCUCUGGUAAAUAGAGAGCCCGCUUGACUGAAGUGUAGCUGUUACCAACUGUUGGUGGAGGAACACUGCUGAAUCACCUUGAGACCUUGAGGUGACUUUCUGAAGGACCCAAAAGAAAUUUCUCCUGGAUCCUAGAGCUCAGGCAUGAUGAAGCUUAAAUCCUCUUCUUUUUCUGGGUACUGUGUGGGCUUUCUUUUCCUACAAGUGAUGACAUCAACAUCAGAAAAGUGGACAGUGACCAUUCCCACAGGACACUUGGUGGCUAUGGUAGGAGGACAAACUGAGUUUAGCUGCCAGUUGUCCCCACCACAAAGUGCAAAACAUAUGGAGGUGUCCUGGUUCAAGGGUGACCAUUCUACUAGUAAGCUUGUUCACCUAUACAGAGAUGGUCAUGAAGUGAAAGGGAAAGCUUCCUCAGAAUAUGUGGAUCGCACAGAGUUUGUGAAAGAAGCAAUUGGGGAGGGCAAAGUGACGCUCAGACUUCAUAAUAUCCGUGUUUCUGAUAAUGGAACAUACCAGUGCUCCUUUAAGGACAGCAACUUCAGCAAUGUGGCAAGCAUGGACCUGAAUGUAGCAGCAUUAGGCUUGGAGACACAGAUUCAUAUUCAGGCUCCUGGAAUUCAUGGACUUAUGGUGGAGUGUAACUCAGGAGGCUGGUUCCCACAGCCCCAGAUGGUGUGCAGGGACAGCAAGGGAGAGGUAAUUCCACAUUCAUCACUGUCCUAUUCACAAGAUGGAGCUGGAUUAUUCCACAUCAAGAUGACUCUUCUCAGAUACAAAUCACAGGGUGAUAUGAUUUGUUACAUUCGCAACCCUCUAUCAGAUGAAGAGAAACAAAUAAAGAUCAUCUUAGCUGGUGACCUGUUUAUUCCUGUCCACAGUUUGCUAAUGACUUUCAUUCCACUUUUCUGUGUGAUGCUGUGUUUUGUUUUUGUGUUCCUUUUCUCUCGAGAGAUAUUCAAAAGAAUAGGCAACUGCUACAACAAAGGUAAGAGUCAUUUAGGGCAUCUUUCUUAAUGUGUCACAUGGUGGGCUUAAAUAGAGCAGCAUGAUAUUUGUCACAAGUGCUAAAUCUUACAUAGAAUGAUUUAGGGCUUGUUUCUCACUUUAGAAAUGUUAAACUCCACACCUCUCAAUUAGGAGCUUCCCAGAACAAGGGUUUUUAGAGGAAUAAGGUCAAUAUACAUGUCUCCUGAGCUGCAUAGGCCCAGUUGCUUCUGUAUUCCCCGGGAGUGCUUCCUCUCUUAGGUAAGAGUCUAUCCAAUCAAAAUUAAAUGUAUCUAGGAUACACUUCAUUUGAUCACAAUCUCCUUGCCUGCACAGAUUGCCAUCAAUGUUUAAGAUACUAUCUCCAUUUGAGGACUAGAACAAAAUUAACAUGAAAAAGAAAUAGACCUCUAAGCCAACAAGUCCUUUGUAACCAGACUGUUCCCUAGGGUUUUAUGGCUAAACUAAAUGACUAUAUCAUCUUUCUUUAUGAACAGAUCACUGAAUGAUACAGUGGCCCAUCAUGUACAUGUACAACAGACUUUAUUAAAAACAACUCUUCUUCUAAAAUAUGACCAAGCAAAAUAGCUCAUAUAUAGUUGAGUAAACUGCUAGAUGAGGGAUGUGAAUUUGGAGAUGGAGUAGACAAUUAAAUGGAGAUGAGGAGAUGAGUCAACAGAGAGGAUACAAUUUAUUGUGCUCUUUUUUUUUUUUUUUUUUUUUUUUUUACCAGAUCCUUAAAACCUGAUAUCAUAUUUAUUCAGUGCCUACCUUAUGCUAGACAUUGUGAUAAUAAUUUCACAGAAUUUAUCUAAUUUAAGCCUAAAAGGCAGUGCUAUUAUUGUCAUCAUUUGAUGGAUGAGGAUGGGAUGACUCACAUAGUUCAUAAGCAGAGCCAAGAUUGGAAUGCAGAUGUGUUUGGCUCCAAUUCUCAUGCUCUAAAUAUUGUGCUUCUUCCCAGUAUUUAGUGUCAGGUUUCUGCCUGCACACCUUAAUGGUUGUGAAGCUUAUCAACUCAUGUAGCAGCCUGUUGCAUAGUAUCAUGGGGAUUUUCUUCGUUGUGAAAAUCUAACCUACUGAUACAUAUCUGCCCAUUAUACAAUAUAACAAUGAUUAGAAUUUCAUUGCUUCUCCAUGAAACUCUUUGAGUGGGAAUCAUAAUUUUACUACAAUUGAGUUUCUUUAGAAAGAACCUAAUUGUUCUUGUUAUUUUCCUCUGAAAGGUGACACAGAUUUAAAAAAAAAAUACAUAUUCUAGUAAUACACAGAAAAACAUUUUAAUCAUCUAUGGUUAGCUUAUAAAAAUAAGCUCCUUGACAGUGGAAUUCAAGCUGAAAGGUUUAAAUAUUUCAGUCUGUGGAUACAGAUAGAUUUUUCUUUCAGCCAGCUCAGUGUCAUUACAGCUACAUCUGGUCAGUCCCGCAAUCCUCAGAAUCCCCAGAAAUCUGAUGAAGAUUCCUAAGGCCUCUCUCUAGUCCUCCCAGACAGAUUAAUUUUGUGGUAGGUUAGGUAGUGAGAACUAGGAAUGGAAACUUUUCUUAGCCCUAUUAGUCUACAAGUCCAAUCUUACUAGGCCCUGCCAUCACUCACAAACUAAACUCAUAUCCUGAGUCCUGUCUAGGUUGAGUGGGCAUGGGAUAAUAGCUGUGCUUUUUUUUUUUUUAUAAUGGUCCUUAGGUCAGUGAUGCCCACAAUUGCUGCAUUCCUCGUUAAUUAAUUCUAACUCUCUCU